CAUAGCGUCAUUCGGGAGCGCCGGCGCCGGGAAGGAGGAAGAUGGCUGGCAAGAAGAACGUUCUGUCGUCGCUGGCGGUUUACGCAGAGGAUUCGGAGCCCGAGUCGGACAGCGAGGCUGGAGUGGAAACUACUGGGAGCGCGACCGCAGCGGAGGAAAAAGGUGGCUUAGUGUCUGAAGCCUAUGGAGAUGAUGAUUUUUCUCGACUUGAGGGAGAUGAAGAUGGUUAUGAGGAAGAAGAUGAAGAAAACAGCAGACAGUCGGAAGAUGACGAUUCAGAGACUGAAAAACCUGAGGCUGAUGACCUAAAGGAGUUUUCAGAACUGGAAAAGCGAGAUCCCCAGGAGCUGGUUGCCUCCUUCUCUGAGAGAGUCAGGAACAUGUCUCCUGAUGAGAUUAAAAUCCCCCCAGAGCCACCUGGCAGAUGCUCGAAUCACCUCCAGGACAAGAUACAGAAAUUAUACGAGAGGAAGAUAAAGGAAGGGAUGGAUAUGAACUACAUUAUCCAGAGGAAGAAGGAAUUUCGGAAUCCCAGCAUCUAUGAGAAGCUUAUCCAGUACUGUUCAAUUGAUGAGCUUGGCACCAAUUAUCCCAAGGAUAUGUUUGACCCCCAUGGAUGGUCUGAGGACUCCUACUACGAGGCUCUAGCCAAAGCACAGAAGAUUGAAAUGGACAAAUUAGAAAAAGCCAAAAAGGAGAGAACAAAAAUUGAGUUUGUGACAGGCACCAAGAAGGGCACCACGACCAAUGCCGCUGCCACUACAACCACCACAGCCAGCACCGCAGCGACAGAUGCUCAGAAGAGAAAGAGUAAGUGGGAUUCUGCUAUCCCGGUGACGACAAUAGCCCAGCCUACUAUCCUUACCACCACAGCCACCCUGCCAGCCGUUGUCACUGUGACAACAAGUGCUAGUGGCUCCAAGACCACCGUCAUCUCAGCCGUGGGCACCAUUGUGAAGAAAGCCAAGCAGUGAUGGACCUGCUGCAGGGUUGGACAUACUUCUUGUUGAAGGACAGGAAAUGCUACCCCAGGACCUUGCCAAGACUGUGACCCCAAGAUGUGGAGUGCCCCUUUGGACACAGCAACCCAUGCAGUCACUGGACUAAGGCUUUCCAAAGAGCUUCCCAUCAACUGGAGAUGGAUUUCUCACGAUCCUCACAAAACAUUCUCUUUCUAGUCCUGGUGAGAGAAUCUGUUGCCGAGUCAUCCAAAAGGACCCUUAUUGCCAAUCCAGGGCAGUACAGACUGCUUUCAGCCAUGUUAAUUUGGCAUCUAUUGCUCUAUUAAAAGUGCUAUAUCAAUAUA